AAGUGCAAGCUGUUCUUACGAGUCUUCAGUCCCGUGUCGAGGCCCGUCGACGCACCUUCUUAACCAGGGGUCCCUUUACUCGAGCGGUCCCGCCGACACGACACGAAACCGUACGAACGCAGGCACGAGAUCGGACGGAAACGUCGGGAACAUGUCCCAGAAACGGUGAUAGCUGGGAAGGCGAAUUUUUUUCAAAUAUUUUUUAACAAGAUAUUUUUGGUUUUGGGUUAUUCAAAUUCUUUUUUUUUGUGUGAUUCUUAUGGAUUGUUACGUUGACGAGAUUCAAAUUUGAACUGAUUUUCGCGCGCCCUAUGGUUACUGGUCGAGCCUCGCACCUGUAUCUCUUCGGGCCUUAUCGCUGGCUUUGAUUUGUCGUUGACAAAAUUACAAAGUGCCCAGAAGGGCACGCGAGAGGGAAGAGGAUAAAGAGAGAGAGAGAGAGAGAGAGAAAAAAAAUAAAAAAAUAAAAAGCACACAGAUGCAAGAAAAUCGCAAGCUCGGAUAAGGGGAGGCUGGGCGGAAGGCCAUCGGCCAAAGCGGAAGUCGUGUGAAAACGUCGUGGGAUUUGUGUAAAGGAUAAUAAUGCUGGUGCACAAAGCUGGUUUAUCCUUGCUGGCUGCCGCAUUUCUCUUCCUGGCGAAUCCUACGCACCAGGAACCUGAAUCUGGAGCCAGAUAUUCUCCGAGAGCAGUCCAGGAUCUCGAUAAUGUAGUCCAAGCACUACCGCAUCACGGGCCCAACGUCUGCGCAUCGAGGUACAAUAAUUACUGUUGCCCCGGAUGGACGAAAAAACCGGAAACCGGUCUCUGCGUCGUUCCAAUAUGUUCCGGACGCUGUGGCGAACAAGGAAGAUGCAUCAAGCCGAAUAUAUGCUGGUGCGACAAUCGCGUGGUAGCUUCUGCUUGCAACUCGAUACAAGUCAAAGACAAUUCCCAGGACAUUGCAAGUGCAGGAGGUCGGGGAGCUGAAAGUGGCACCUGCAGGGCACAGUGCAUCAAUGGCAACUGCGUUGAUGGUCGAUGUCAGUGCAGGCCUGGCUACCAGGGGGAAUUUUGCAAUGAACCCGUAUGCAGGGAACCUUGCCUGAAUCAAGGCAGAUGCAUCGGACCUGACAGAUGCGCGUGCAUUUACGGCUACACUGGGAGAAGAUGCGAAACGGAUUACAGAACUGGUCCAUGUUAUACGAAAGUUCGAAAUGGCCAGUGUUUGGCUAAUUUGCAAGGCGUCGUUUGCACGCGACAACUUUGUUGCGCGACUGUUGGCAAAGGGUGGGGUCAUCCCUGCGAAAGGUGUCCGACCAGAUUGGAUUGCGAUUUGGGAUACUUGAAAACACAUCAGGGCCAGUGCGUUGAUAUCGACGAGUGCGAAGCAAUUCCUGGGCUGUGCGAAGGUGGCAAGUGUCUGAACACACCGGGAUCCUUCACGUGCGAGUGUCCACCUGGACAGGCACGUGAUCCUGAGACUAACGAGUGCAAGGAUCAGGACGAGUGUCAGGACGAAGGAAUCUGCAAUGAUGGCCGCUGCAUAAAUACAGAUGGCGGUUAUUACUGUCUAUGUAAUCCUGGUUUUAUACAGAGUCAAGACAGAAGAUUUUGCAUAGACGGUAGACAAGGUCUCUGCUUUACCGCUGUCAAUAGGAACGGCCAGUGCAAAAAUCGCUUAGCGAUGAGAUUAAGUAAGAAGGAUUGUUGCUGCGGUAAGAAUGUAGGUCGCGGCUGGGGCGACGAGUGUUACAUAUGUCCAAACGCCGGAAGUGAAGAACACAGGCAGCUGUGUUCGCCGCAAUCGGAGUCGAUUACGCUGAUCAACGAAUGCGCCUUGAAGCCUGACAUUUGCGGGCACGGAAAAUGCAUUGAUACCCCGGAAGGAUACGAGUGCGAGUGUUAUCCUGGAUACGAUAAGAAGACGGGACGAUGCGAGGACGUCGACGAGUGUCAACUAGGAUACUGUCAGCAUGGCAGCUGUCAGAAUACUCCUGGCAGCUUCAUUUGCAGUUGCCCUCCUGGCUUUGUUGUUUCCGGUGACGGAACGUACUGCACAGAUCAUGACGAGUGUCAGGAUACAAGAAUGUGCAACAAUGGGCAUUGCACGAAUGUCGACGGUACUUUCAGGUGCAAGUGCAACGAAGGAUAUGCAUUUUCACCUACAAAAAAUGCCUGUACAGACAUUGACGAGUGUGCGGAUAAUCCCAGGAUAUGCUUGAAUGGACGCUGCGUGAAUACACCGGGUUCUUAUCACUGCGUGUGUCAGCCUGGAUUCACAGCUUCACGUGACAGCACAUUCUGCGUUGACAUGGAUGAAUGUACUGAGACCAGAAUGUGCGACAAUGGAAAAUGCGUCAAUAAGGAAGGUUCCUUCAUAUGCGUUUGCGAUCCUGGAUUCCGCCUUGGCCCGGACGAGAAGCACUGUAUAGACAUCGACGAGUGUCUAAGUGCACCCUGUCAAAAUGGCAGAUGCGAAAAUACCCCCGGCAGUUUUUGUUGCAAGUGCAAUUUAGGAUUCAAUUUGGGUCCAGACGGAAGAUCCUGCUUGGACACCAGGAGGGACCUGUGUUACUCGCAGUACAGAGAUGGACAGUGCUCCAAUCCCACAUCAACAGCAGUUACAAAAUCCAGUUGUUGUUGUUGCACUGUCAUUCUUGGUAAACCCAUGGGAUGGGGUAGCACCUGUCAGGCGUGUCCCAUGCCGGGAACAACAGAAUUCGAUUCCCUGUGUCCACAUGGAUCUGGGAUGACGUACAAUGGAGAUGACAUCAACGAGUGCGCUCAAAAUCCAAAUAUUUGUAUCAACGGUGGUUGCGAAAAUCUCAUGGGUACUUACCGUUGCAUUUGCGACAGCGGAUACGAAGUUGACGCCACCGGCAAAAUUUGCAGCGAUAUCAAUGAAUGCGAAUUGGAGGAUUCGCUAUGUAGCGGAGGACAGUGCCGUAACACGCCUGGUAGUUUUCAGUGCAUCUGCCCGACUGGUACUAGACUGAAUGCGCAAAAUCAAAUGUGCGAGGAUGUAGACGACUGUGAAGAACUUGGACCGGAUGCUUGUUUCAAUGGGAUAUGUAUAAACACACAUGGUUCAUACGUGUGCGAAUGUGAACCGGGAUAUAUACUUGAUAACACAGGACACAUAUGCAUAGAUAACAGAAAAGGGUCCUGCUGGACCAAAAUGGUACAUGGUCGUUGCGAAAAUAAUUUGCCAAGGUUAGCCUUGAAAUCGGAAUGCUGUUGUUCGGUGGGUCUGGCCUGGGGCAGCCCUUGCGAAUUGUGCGAUCAUGUCCUGUGCGAAUGUUCGAAGGGUUAUGCAAAAUUGGAUGGAAAGUCUUGUGCAGAUGUGAACGAGUGCGAAUUAGACAGUGGAAUUUGCAAGGGUGGCGGCACGUGCACCAACAUUGACGGAAGUUACCGUUGCGAAUGUCCACCUGGACUCACGUUGGACUCAACUCAAACCGCCUGUAUCGACAACAGACAAGAAUCCUGUUACACCGAAUACAGACACGGACAAUGCCUGAAUCCAAUUGAUGGAGCAUUUUCAAAGUCCUUAUGCUGCUGCGGAGUUGGACGUGCAUGGGGCAGCGACAGGUGCGAGGUCUGCCCUAAGCCGGGCUCGCAACUGCACGAAGAAUUGUGUCCGAAAGGUGACGGAUUUACUGAGAAGAAGGACAUAAACGAAUGUACGGAAUUUCCAGGCAUAUGCCUGAAUGGCAGGUGCAGGAACACAAUUGGUAGUUACAGCUGCAGGUGCAAUCAGGGCUUUGCACUUGAUGAGAAUGGAAUAAAAUGCAACGAUAUCGAUGAAUGCGAAAUCAUGCACGGCGUCUGUGGAAACGGGACCUGUCGCAAUACGCCAGGAAAUUUCCAGUGCGAUUGCAAUCCCGGUUACAGGAGUAGCGAUAUCAUGAAAAUAUGCAUGGACGUUAACGAGUGCGAGGAAACUCCUGGAUUGUGUAGAGGCGGUACUUGUUUAAAUACUGACGGAUCCUUCAAGUGCAUCUGUCCUCCGGGACACGAAUUGAGUCCUGACAAAGAAUCCUGCAAGGAUAUCGACGAGUGUUCCAGGACCAGUGGUAUCUGCUCGAACGGAGUCUGCGAGAAUAUGAUGGGCACUUAUCAGUGCAUCUGCGACGAUGGUUAUCGGCAAACUGACCAGAAGUCGCAUUGCGAAGAUAUCGACGAGUGCACAAUCAAUAACGGAGGAUGCGAAGAUAUUUGCCUUAACACGCCAGGAAGUUUCUCCUGUUCCUGCAGUACUGGAUUUGCACUAAAUUUAGACGGGAGGUCCUGUACGGACGUGGACGAGUGUAAGGAAAACCCGAGAAUUUGCAACGGUGGAAAGUGCACGAAUUUGCAGGGAUUAUACUCAUGCAUAUGUACCGACGGAUUGUUGCCUGGGAAGGACGGGACGUCCUGCAUUGACAUCGACGAAUGUGUAACGCAGCCUCACAUAUGCCAAUACGGCGAGUGCUACAAUACAAUAGGCUCGUUCAACUGUCGCUGCGAGGAAGGAUACUCGGUGAAACCGGACGGAGGUCCAGGAUGCACCGACGAUGACGAGUGCAUGCUGAAUGCAUACACGUGCAGUGAGUUUGCGGACUGUCAAAACACUCAGGGCUCGUACGAGUGCACCUGCCGGAAGGGAUUCGUGGGAAAUGGCAUCGAUUGCAGAGAUAUCAACGAGUGCCUGACUAACAAUGGCGGAUGCGACGCCAAUGCACAAUGCAUCAACACCGAAGGUUCAUUCAAGUGCGUUUGCGAUGCUGGAUUCAGGGGCGACGGUUACAGCUGCAAGGACAUCGACGAGUGCUCGAACGACAACACGCUCUGCGAGAAUGGCCACUGCCUAAAUUAUCCAGGAUCCUUCAGAUGCGAGUGUGAAAUGGGCUUUAUACAUCCUGACGAAAAUAACGAGCAAGCUUGCAUCGACAUAAACGAGUGCGAGAUGUUCAGCAACCUGUGCGUUUUUGGCAGGUGCGAAAAUAUCUUCGGCUUGUUCCAUUGCGACUGCGAUGAAGGUUACAGGCUUGACAGUUCCGGCGGAAAUUGCACUGACAUUGACGAAUGCGAGAGUCCGCAGUCCUGCCAAUACGGUAACUGUAUAAACACGCAGGGCAAGUACCUGUGCGAGUGUCCCGACAAUUACGACUUGGUAGAGGCGGGAAAUGCCUGUGUCGACAGAAGGGAGUCUCUGUGCUUCACCGGAUACGAAUCUGGCAACUCGAGACCUCAAUGUAUCUUCGACAUCUCAUCCUCGGUCACCAAGGCCACCUGCUGCUGCAGCAUUGGGAGCGCGUGGGGUAACAGGUGCGACGAGUGUCCUGACAUUGGGACUAAGGAGUUCCAGGAGCUGUGCCCCGGUGGGUCUGGAUACAGGCCCAAUCUGACUACGGUUAUCCUGGAGGACAUUAACGAGUGCGAGGAGCUGGAGAACAUUUGUCAGAACGGACAUUGCACCAACACCUUUGGCAGUUUCAUGUGCUCGUGUAACGAGGGCUUUGAGCUAGACGACACCAAGACCAAUUGCAUCGACGUGGACGAGUGCCUGUUGCAUCCGCAAAUAUGUGGAGUCGGCUACUGCAUAAAUGAUCAAGGAAAAUAUCACUGUGAGUGUCCGGAGGGAUACAUGGCGAUGCCAGGAGGAAAAGAGUGUGUCGACAUGAGAAAAGAAUUGUGCUACCUGAGCUAUCAGGCGGGAGAAUGCACGGCACCUAUGCUGCAUCCGCAAACAAAGAUGUUGUGUUGCUGUUCCAUGGGGGCAGCAUGGGGAAGUCCAUGUGAAAAGUGUCCAGACGAGAGAAGCCGAGACCAUGAGAUUCUAUGUGGUAUGGUGCCAGGUCAAAUCAGAAACCCCAUGACCAAUCACAGCGAAGAGAUAAACGAAUGUGAACUGAUGCCCACCAUGUGCACCCAUGGGAGGUGCGUAAACACACCUGGGAGCUUUGAGUGUCUUUGCGACGAGGGUUACGUCUAUGACGAAGAUUCGCACCAGUGCGUGGACGAGAACGAGUGCCUGCACGUGCCCAAUCCGUGCCUUGGAAACGCACAGUGCGUCAAUCAGCAGGGCAGCUUCGAGUGCCUCUGUCCAGCUGGUUAUAAAUUGGGUUUCAGUAGACGAGACUGCGUUGACAUUAACGAGUGCUACGAGCGUGCUGGCGUCUGUAGCAACGGAGUCUGCAAUAACUUACAGGGCAGCUUUCAGUGCGUCUGCCAUCUUGGAUUCACCUUGACGCGCGACAGAGACAUGUGCGUCGACAUUGACGAAUGUCAACGUAAUAUAAAUAUAUGCAAUAAUGGCACCUGCAUCAACGCCUUAGGAUCUUACAAGUGUCACUGUUACGAUGGAUUCAAACUAAGUCCCAAUAACGAUUGCGCUGACGUGGACGAGUGCAAAAUUAUGCCGUUCCUAUGCAGAAAUGGGAGAUGCAAGAAUACUAUUGGUUCUUUCAAUUGCGAAUGUGCCGAAGGUUACAUAUUGGCCCAGGAUAGACAGCACUGUAGAGACAUCGACGAAUGUCACGAGACGCCAGGAGUGUGUCCGCCGCCUGGAAAAUGUCAGAAUCUCAUGGGAUCUUAUAUAUGCAGUUGUCCACCGGGUUACGAAUUGGACCACACGAGGAAGCGUUGCGUUGACGUGAACGAGUGCGUCGAGACGGAGGACAUAUGUGAAAAUGGCAGAUGCAUAAAUACCGAAGGCAGCGUCAUCUGCGAAUGUCCAGUAGGAUUUAGAUUGAGCGAGAAACCAUAUUCGAUGCGAUGCAUCGAUAUACGGGAAGAGCAAUGCUAUGACGACUUCCGGCGCGGACGAUGCCUCGCACCACGUCAAGGCAGCAUGACCAAGAAGCACUGCUGCUGCACUAUGGGAAUGGCAUGGGGUCGUUACUGCGAGCAGUGCCCAUCAAAAGAUAGCGAGGAGUUCGAGAAACUCUGUCCCGAAGGAUCCGGAAGGGAUGAUCUUGGAGUUGAUCUUAACGAAUGUUUAUUCAUGCCCGAUGCAUGUGCCGGUGGUGAAUGCAUCAACACUGACGGUUCAUUCAGAUGCGAAUGUCCGCCCGGUUACGUACUAGAUGAAACUGGGAAAAAGUGUGUCGACGACAAUGAGUGCCUGAAUGUGCAGAAUAUUUGCGGAAAUGGCACAUGCACCAACGUUGACGGAGGUUUUGAGUGUUCUUGCAACGAAGGCUUUACAUCUGGGGCUAAUCAGGUUUGCGAGGAUGUUGAUGAAUGUUUGGAAUUGGGAUAUCAAUGUGCAUUCAGGUGUCGCAAUGCACCUGGUUCGUUCAAGUGCACCUGUCCUUAUGGGUACACUUUGGCUCCUGACGGACGUCAUUGCAUAGAUGUUGACGAAUGUGCAACUCCGGCGAACAAGUGCAAGUUCCAGUGCAAGAAUACCAUUGGCUCGUUCAUGUGCAACUGUCCACCUGGUUAUCAACAAAUUGGCAUGACUGACGAGUGCAAGGAUGUCAACGAGUGCGCUGUCAAUUCCGGCCUCUGUCGUAAUGGUCGUUGUGUCAAUUUAGAAGGAAGUUAUCAGUGUCUGUGCUACGAUGGCUUCGAAAUAAGUCCUGACGGGAAAUCGUGCAUCGACCGACGUGUCGGCUACUGCUUCCAGCAAACUAUCGGUGGCAGAUGCACAGCGAGAACGUCGGAAUUGCGUACAGUUACUAAAGCGGAUUGCUGCUGCACAAUGGGUGCAGCUUGGGGAUCGUAUUGUGAAAUUUGCCCAACGAGGGAUUCCGAAAACUAUAACGAAUUGUGCCUGGACAAAGGAUUUUCAAUAAAUGGUCAAGACAUCGAUGAGUGCAAGACAAUUCCGGAUCUCUGCAGAAACGGAAUGUGCAUCAAUACUCUCGGCUCUUAUAGAUGCAUCUGUAACAAGGGAUACAAGGCUGACAAAUCCGGCACUCAUUGCAUCGAUGUGAACGAGUGCGAAUUGACGGCGAAACCUUGCAAAUACAAUUGUCAGAAUACCGAGGGCAGUUUCACCUGCUCCUGUCCAGUUGGUUUCAUUCUGAAUCCUGACGGUGUCAGCUGUCGCGAUUUGGACGAAUGUGCAACCGAAAAUCAUCUGUGUCAGCAGGAGUGCAUAAACACCCCAGGAAGUUACACUUGCGGCUGCCGCGAAGGAUAUACGCAGCACGGAGACGCCUGUCGCGAUAUUAAUGAAUGCGAGCAAUCCGGUACCUGUCCGAAGCCUGGAAAAUGCAUCAAUACAUUGGGAAGCUUCAGGUGCACCUGUCCCAGAGGAUUUAAAUUGGAUCAAACCAAAAUGUUCUGUACCGAUAAUAACGAAUGUGCCGAUGACGGAAACUGCGAGCACGGCUGUCAGAAUUUAAUGGGAAGCUAUAGGUGCGGCUGUCCUGAUGGGUUUGUGCAGCAUCUUUAUUACAACCAGUGCAUCGAUGAGAACGAAUGCAAUUCCUCUCCCUGCGGCGGGAAUACUUGCAUCAAUACUAUUGGCAGUUACAGAUGCGGCUGUCCGGAUGGUUAUCAGUUUGAUAUCAGUUUGCAAAUAUGCGUUCAGACGUCGGCCGGCUGUACCGGAAGCCCAUGCUCCUUUGGAUGCACUCCUAAUGGACCCAGUGGAUUCAUCUGUGGGUGUCCUUCAGGGUAUCAACGAAUUGGUCAGGGACAUUGUCUGUCUACCAUCAACCCAAUGGGACAAGGACCUUAUGGGGACGAUAUUGGAAACGUUCCUACAUUUCCCGUUAAUCCUGAUCCUUAUUACCUUCCACCAGCCGACGACAAAGUCAUUUCCACGGAAGGAUGUUUCUCGUGCAAGAUAAAUGGACAAGGUCGUCACAGAAGAGGCGCCAGACUGAGAUCCAUAUCAAGACAGAAUAAAACUACCGACGCUUCGGGAACGGUUUUCUCAAAAAAAUUGCAAAAAUCAUCUUCGAAAAGACGUUUGGUCCGUAAAGUCAAAAGACACCAUCACGGCGAGGAGCACGUGCUGAAAAUAAGUCUCCAGCAGACUAAACACCGUAUGCGGAUUAUAAAAUUGCAGCCAGCUGUCAAGCACAAGGAAAUGGAGUAUAAGGUGGUGCGUGGCAAUGAGAAUGAGCAAUUCGAAAUGGUGAAGAAGCACGGAGUCUGGGCGUUGCAUUUUCGAAAAAGACUUAAAAAACCCGGCCAAUUCAAAAUUGAGAUACACGGCCGGCCCGUGACCCACCCCGAGAACACGGAUGAAGUUUGGGAGAAGCCAUUAACAUUCCGAGUGCAUCUCGUAGUCACGGGGUAGGAAGAGAAGAGGAAAAGAAAACAAGAAAAAAAAAAUCGCGAAUGAUUUAAGAAAAUUUUUGAAAAAUAAUACACUAUUCGAUGUGCAAAUUUUAUUGAUUCGUCAUUUUUAGAUUCAGAGAAAGGCAACUAUCCCCUUGACCCAGCGUGUACCAAUGUAUAUUGUUGUGAAGGUAAAUUUUGAAGGAACUAAAAAAAGGGAAAAUUUCAGAAAAUCAGACAAUUACACUGCCAAUACCUAUGGUUUAUUGCUUGACACUGACGUUAACUAAUUAAAUGAUAAUUCAUGAAUAAUAAACUGCCAAUUAUUCUUAUCAAAACUGUCAUAUCAAAAUUGCCUUAUCUAUUGCCUACUUAUCUCGUUAAAUUAGAAUCAUUGGCAAUAUAUACGAUUGACAGUAGUUUCGAAAACUGCCAUUGCGUUACUGAAAAUAGUGAUAAAAUAGUGUAUACUGGGUCAUCCAGCUGAAAUACAUGGGUCAGGUUUGACAAGAUUCACAUAAUAAUAUAGGUCAAUUGGUUGACUUUAUUAUACAAAUAACAAUAUAGUCCCUGGCAUAGCACAAGAACUUUUACAGAGGCGUCCUACCCAUAGAUUCGUUCGACUUGUUUAUCUGUGUCUCUCGCACUCGCAGCAGAUAUAGCAACUUCGGAAAAUCGAAACCCUCAGACCCAACUGAAAUAGCUUUCGAGUUGACAUCUCAAAUCUCACUGUCUGUGACAGUAAGUUGUUGUCAAAUAUUUCUUAACCGGUACACGUGUGUGAGAGCUGUCAAACAUGACUGGUGCAAUCUGGGCUGAUUGAAGGAAAGACGGUACGCGUGAAUUUUGGAAUAUUAGUUAUGUACAAAAUAAUAUUAGGCUGUAGCGCAAGUGAAUGAAUUAAUUAAUAAAAUAAUAAAUAAAUAUAUCAGUAAAUAUAUGAAUAUAAAUAUAUGCACGCUAUAUAUAUACACACACACGUAUUUAUGUGCAAAACACGCGAAUCCGUUUUUUUCUUUCUUAUAUCUUUCUUUUUACGAUUAUUUGACUUUGCGACAUACGAGAUAAAAAAAUUAUCAGUAGACGCCAAGUCUUAUUUGUAUUAAAAAUGGAAAAGAAGAAAUGAAAAAUUAUCUUACGCCAUUCGAUUUAACCUGUGCAUGAUUUUAAUUAAUUAAUCGUCCUAUAUAUCAAUAUCGAUCUCAUCGUCAUCCAUCAUUGUCAUUAUCGUCAUCGCGAAUUGUUAUCAAUGAACAGUCAUCAGUCACGAACUUCAUUGUCGCCUAAUAGAAAUAUCUAUAAAUAUAUUAUAAAUAAAAAUAUUUACACGCUAUAAAUGUAUAUUAAUAUUAAUAACAAGUGUUCUUGUUCCCUCACGGGCUAUUCGUCUAGCUAGACUAGAAAACUAUAUCACAUUAAUAAAUUUACGUUAAUUUAUA